AUGUCGGGUGCCGCUAAGGAGAGUGAAUGCAUUCCUGCUUGUCCUCCUGGGUUCUUUUUUGACAACGCUUCCAAGAUAUGUGAACCUUGUGGAUUGAGAGGCUAUCAACCGACAAGCGGAUCUGACAGAUGCAUACCCUGUCCUCCUACGACGGUGCCACUGUACCUGAACUCAACUAAAAUUGAGCACUGUUUGGAAAAUUGCUCUCCUGGCUGGCAACGCUCAGUGGACGGAAGCCGCUGUGAACCGUGCCCGCUAGGCUCAUUUAAGUCUGCCGAGGACGCAGUCUGUUUGCUGUGUCCGACAGGAUGGACGACGCUGAAUAAGGGGGCCAGGCACAUGGACGAAUGCAGAAUGAGUGUCUGUUAUCCUGGGACCUUUCUGAACAUUAGCAGCGGCAUCUGUGCACCAUGCGACUACGGUUUGUACAUGGACGAGUACGAUGGCCGAAUCUGUAAAUCAUGUCCAAUCAGUACAACGACUUAUCAGACAGGUAAACUGGCAGCAUCUCUGGGCGGUCGGUCGCUAACAUAGGA